AUGAGCUCCGCCGGCCCCAGUGGCCUCAGCCUGAACCAGUCGAUUACGGCUGCGUGGGGCAGCCAGGCGCAGCCCUCUGCUUCUGCUGCGGUCAAGAAGCGCGUUCGCAAGACUGUUGGACUGAACGAUACCUCAACCCCUCCGGAGACCGAUGGCGAGCGAACCCCCGGAGACCGAACACCCGUUGAGCGUGAGCGUUCCGAGCGCAAGAAGCGGAUAAAGCGUGACCCGACGAAUGAGAACAAGUACGCGCCUCCCGAGGCGCGGCUGUCCCAGCUCGGUGGCCUCGACAAGCAGAUCAAGCAGCUGCUCGAGAUUGUUGCGCUGCCUCUACUGCACCCGGAGAUUUACUCUUUCACGGGCAUUACGCGGCCUCACGGUGUGCUCCUCCACGGUGUACCUGGAGGAGGCAAGACGCAGCUCGUACACUGCCUCGCAGGCCAGCUGCAGCUGCCCUUCAUCACUAUCUCCGCCCCGAGUAUCGUGUCCGGAAUGAGUGGAGAGUCGGAGCGCGCGCUCCGCGAGCACUUUGACGAGGCGAAGCGGCACGCACCCUGCAUUCUGUUCCUCGACGAGGUCGACGCCAUCACGCCGAAGCGCGAGACGGCACAGCGAGAGAUGGAGCGUCGAAUCGUCGCCCAGCUCCUGACGUGCAUGGACGACCUGGCUGGCAGCGACAAGCCCGUCAUCAUGCUCGGCGCCACGAAUCGUCCGGACUCGAUCGACCCCGCUCUUCGCCGUGCUGGACGAUUCGACCACGAGAUCGAGAUGGGUGUUCCCACCGUGGAGGGACGAGAGCAGAUCCUCCGCGUGCUCCUGCAGAACCUGAAGCUGGCUCCCGAGGUCGACAUUCGCUGGCUCGCCAAGUCCACGCCAGGAUACGUCGGUGCCGACCUUACGAGUCUGACGACCGAGGCAGGCGUUGUCGCGGUCAAGCGUAUCUUUGAGACGAUGGCUGGGCCCGUGUCGCAGGAGGUCGCGAUGGAGAACAUGGCGCUCGACGACGGACCCAUGGCCCAGCUUCCCUCCGGCGUCAUGGCCACGCCUAUCGCGCAGUUCCUCGCGAACCACCCCGGCCCUCUCGGCGCCGAGCAGCUGGGACAGCUCGUCCUCCUCCCCUCCGACUUUGAUGCGGCGCUCAAGGUCGUCCAGCCCUCAGCAAAGCGCGAGGGAUUCGCCACUGUGCCGGACGUGACGUGGGCCGAUAUCGGUGCGCUGGGCAACGUGCGCGACGAGCUGCACAUGGCCGUCGUGCAGCCGAUCAGGCAUCCGGAGCUCUUCUCAGUUGUGGGCAUCGACGCGCCGUCGGGCGUGCUCCUCUGGGGUCCGCCAGGAUGUGGAAAGACGCUGCUCGCCAAGGCGGUCGCGAAUGAGAGCCGCGCCAACUUUAUCUCGGUGAAGGGACCAGAGCUGCUGAACAAGUACGUGGGCGAGAGCGAACGUGCGGUUCGCCAGGUCUUCGCUCGCGCCCGUGCGUCCGCGCCGUGCGUCAUCUUCUUCGACGAGCUGGACGCCCUCGUCCCCCGCCGAGACGACAGUAUGAGCGAAUCCUCGGCGCGUGUCGUCAACACGCUCCUGACGGAGCUCGACGGCCUCGACGCCCGCAAGGCUGUGUACGUCAUCGGUGCGACGAACAGGCCCGACAUGAUCGACCCCGCCAUGGUCCGUCCGGGACGCCUCGACAAGCUGCUGUACGUCGACCUUCCCUCGCCCGCGGAGCGUCUCGAGGUCCUGCGCACGCACACGAAGCGCACCCCCAUCGCCGAAGAGGACUGGGCCGCGAUCGCAGCUCUGGUCAACUCGGACGCCUGCGACGGAUUCUCCGGAGCCGACAUUGCCGCGCUCGUGCGUGAGGCGGCGUCCCUCGCGCUGCGCUCGGCACUCGAGGCGAUUGGCGCGUUCGAGAAUGACGCAGACCGCGGCUCGCGCGGCGGAGAGGUCACGAUGGCGCCGCAGGUCAAUGUCUCCGCGGAGCACUUUGCCAAGGCGGCGCAGAAGACGCAGCCCUCCGUCAGCCGCGAGCAGAGGCACAAGUACGAGCGCAUGCGGGACAAGUAUGCGGGUGUGCCGACCAAGGGAAGGCGGACGCGCGCCGAGCGCGACGCCGAGGAGAAGGCCGCUUGGGACGCGGCCCGCGUCGCCACGGGAGAGGAGAAGGCGGACGAGCCGGUGCCGAUGCCGGGACUCAGCUAG